GAAACUCCAAAAUCCAGAUUUCAGAGGCAAAACUGAGAGGAGGAAGGAGCUGAGCAAGCAAGCAAGCGAGUGGUGACUGGGAUGAGACAGAGGACUGCUGUGGACUAAGGAGCGUCCAAACUCGACCAAGGCAAGGAAGUUUAGUGCGCUUUGAAGUUAGUCCAGGGUUUUAAUUUGUGUUGUCAGUGCAACUUCAGCAACAGCCUACAUCGCUUGCAUGCAAGGUGACUUUGCGAGUUUAGAUCUGACGGCAGAAAGUACCUCGUUGCAAUUCUCGGUACAUACUCGUCCACCAGGCUCAUCCUUUCCAAUCCGAUAUUAAAGCUACUCGCCUAGCUUUCUUAGUCGCUCCAGUCGACGGUUGUGCAUGGCAGACCCUGAGCAUCUCUCAACACAUCCAUAGCUCGAAGUUUCGAGGCGUCAUCACCACUUAGGGUUUCCCUGUCUAAGCGUCAGCACCCCUCGCAGAUUGACUAACGAUGCUGACUCCAGUCAGCCAACCGUCGUCCUUCUCGUCGGCUCUCACAAGCGUAGGCCCGUCGUCGUACAGAGACCGAACAGCAGAACUUUUCUCCAUCGCAGAGGGCCUUCAAAAAGCACCACCACUGCCUGGAGCCGCCAAUGGCGAUGUUACCAGCGGUUUCGCCCGAUCAGCUGAAAAGAGCCUCGCGUCCGUCCCUGGCGGGGGUUCGCCAGGCGGGAUCGUCGCUGCCGGCGGUCCUGCAGCCAGCUCGGCCGCUUCGGCGGUUCAAUCAGAGUUCAACCGGAGAGCGUCGCGAAUCGGGUUGUGUAUUCAUCAGACGACGCAAAAGCUGCAGAAGCUGGCGAAACUGGCCAAGAGAACGUCGAUGUUCGAUGAUCCUACGGCGGAGAUUCAAGAUCUAACGGCGGUGAUUAAGCAGGACAUAACGGCGCUGAACGCGUCGAUCUCAGACCUCCAAGCGCUCUGCGAGGCACAGGCAGAGGCGAGCGGCGGAAAGAAGGGGCAGAACCGGCACACGAGUGAACACAGCAACACGGUGGUCGAUAACCUCAAGAGCCGCCUUAUGAACACCACCAAGGAGUUUAAAGACGUCCUUACAAUGCGAACAGAGAAUCUCAAGGUGCACGAGAACAGGCGCCAGCUCUUUUCCGCGACGUCGGGAAUCGCGGGCGCGUCAGGAGCGCGGCAGCGGCCAGCUGCAGCCGCGCUCGCCGCUGCUCCCCCUCCGUGGGCCGCGUCCUCUGGCACGCCUUCAGCCACGUCUGCCUCACAACUAUUCAGCAACACUCCCAGCAGCAGCAGCAGCACGCGGCGGAGCCACCCGUUUGACCCUCUGCAGCAGCAGGGGCAGCAGCAGGCGCUGAUAGCGCAGCAGGACUCGUACAUGAGCAGUCGGUCAGAGGCGCUGCAGAACGUGGAGACGACUAUAGUGGAGCUCAGCACGAUAUUCCGGGACCUUGCCACCAUGGUCGCGCAGCAAGGGGAAAUGGCCAUCCGUAUUGAUCAAGACAUGGAUGACACUCUGACAAACGUGGAGGGAGCACAGGGCGCGUUGCUCAAGUAUCUCAACAACAUCUCAUCCAACCGAUGGCUCAUUAUCAAGAUCUUCUUUGUGCUUAUUAUCUUCCUCCUCAUCUUUGUCGUCUUUGUGGCAUAGAAUACAUGAACCAUAUAUUCUGCUCCGCCUCUUCAGUUUCUGCUGUGCAGUGUGUUGGACGUCUCCCUUUUUUGUAGGUGGAAGCGUGCAGCAUAGCUCACCCAUAUGACAUCAAUGUGUACAUCCCAAAGAUUGGAAAUGGAGUAAGAAAAAUGCUUGUUGUCAGGGGGGUUCUACUGUCAACAAUCUAUGUGGUGUGCACACGCAUAUCUGAGUUCACUUAUACAU